UUCUCUAUUUAAGCUCCUCUGUCUUCUUACUCUGCUCUUCCUCUUUAGCGUUUACACAGCCACAAAAUCCUCAAAACUUCAUUUUUCUCUUCUCGUUCUCAAAUCUUCGCCGGUUAAUCAAUCAAACCAAUUCAAAAAAACAAAAAAACAGAGCUUUGAAACUCCUAAAGUUUUGUUUCUUUGCUCUGAAACAGAGGAAAACAGAGUACUAAAGGGUCGUUUUGUUUUAAUUUGGUUGCUGCCAUAAUAUUUCUCAAUAUUUUCUUGUCUAAAAAUUAGCCCUGUUCCUUUGUUUUGUCAACGAUGAGGAGGUUAAGAGGAAUCAAGAUAAGGAGACCUAUUCAAGGAAUCUCAAGAUGGAUCCUCCGGAGAAUUCGGAUCCGUCGUUCGAGAUACACCCGGUUAAGCCCGAACCGACCGGUUUGUAAGCCGAGAGCCAUCACAAAACUCAUAAGCUGGGGUCGAAGUCUCACGUCCCACAGCGCCAGAUUUCUUGGCUCUAAAUGCUCAACCUUGGGGUACGUACCUAUUGGUCAGGAGCCCAUCCGAGAAAAACCCGACCCGGUUCCGAAAGGUCACUCGGCGGUUUACGUCGGUAAAAAAGACGGCGACUUUCAGAGGGUUUUGGUGCCUAUCGUUUACUUCAACCAUCCUCUGUUCGGUGAGCUUCUCAGAGAGGCUGAAGAAGAAUUUGGGUUUUGCCAAGAAGGUGGAAUCACUAUCCCUUGUCCUUAUUCUGAUUUCAAACGGGUCCAGACCCGAAUUGAAUCCGGGUCGGGUUUCAGUAAACUUCCAUGGAGCCGUCGCCGGCAAUAACGACGGUGGAAAAAGAUGAUGAUGAAAAUGCUUUUUUUAAACUCUUUUUACUAUUUUCUACCUUUGUGACCUUUUUCACUUUUGUCACGUU